UUUCAUUUUUUUAUUACAAUGUCUGCUUUUUAAAAUUUCAAUCAGUUUUUUUGUUCAUUUUAAGCUGAUCUUGAUUUGACCCCAUAAAAAAUGUCACAAGAAUAUGUUAAAAUUACCAAAUAUUACAUAUGCAAAAGAAAAUGGUCGAAUAAAUUAAGCUAACUAAAAUAUUUUAAAGAAAAAAAAAAAAAGUUUAUCCUCUAUAAAAAAUAUGUAAUCACACAUUAUCUAAAAUAAUUAGGUUUUUCAAAAUGUUUCAAUUUAUAAUUUUAAUUAGCAUACCUCCUUUUUUGAAUUAUUUUUUAUUUUCUCUUUUUAUUUCACUUCUUUGCAUUUGUUGGGUUGACUAUAAUUUUCAUAUUGUUUUAUUUUGAAAUGGAUCAUCAGAGAUCUACUUCCUGUUUAUGUUCCCACGUGGUCAGUCUGUAAUUCACGCCUCUCCCUCUAGAGGGCAGCAGUGAACUUCAAGCGCCAGCUUUCCCCUCAAAGAAGAAGCGACUCUUCUUCACUGCACUCUUCUUCUGCUGAUGAAGAUUCCUGCUUCAAGUUCGGUUGAAAAGAAGAAUAUCUGGUUCUGAGUGACCUGAACGGAUCAGUACCGCCACAGGAGCUCCAUCAUCGUUGUCUUUGUCUGGAGGAGUCAGUUGUGAUCCAACCACCAGCAGGACCUGGUCAGUCAGAUCGGAUCUUUGUGGGGGUCCUGCUGGAGGUCAUGAGGGCCCCCAGGAGCUGGCUGCAGCCGCUACGUUGAUGAGUGGACGAUCCUCCCCCAGGAGUCUGGUGCAAUAGGUGUUGUGUGACAGGAUGGCGCCGAGGAGGAAGGCUUCUAGACUGCUGUCCUCAGUGGACAGCGGCGCGGGGGGGUCUGUCUCCAAACCUGCAGAGCCCAAAGACUACAUCAACGAGCUGUCCCACGAGGUCCUGUGCCACAUUUUUAGGUACCUGACCAUGAAGGACAUCAUGUGCAUGGAGUGUCUGUCCAGGAAGCUGCGAGAGGCCGUCACCUUGUACCUGCGCGUGGUCAAGGUGGUGGAUCUGUGUGCGGGCCGUUGGUGGGAGUACAUGCCUUCAGGUUUCACAGACAGCAGCUUCCUGGUCCUCCUGAAGAAGAUGCCGGACCUGGAGCAGCUGUACGGCCUCCACCCUCGAUACCUGGAGAGGAGGCGUGUCAGAGGGUUUGAGGCCUUCAGCAUCCCUGGAGUCCUGGAAGCUCUGCAGGCCUGCCCCAACCUGCUGGGUGUGGAGACGUCUCACCUGGAGCUGGUGGAAGCCAUCUGGAACUACAUGCCUCAGGUCCACAUCCUGGGGAAGUUCCGUAACCGGAACGGCGCUUUCCCCAUCCCCGCGGAGAACAAACUGUCCAUUCCCGUGACGGCCAAAAUCCAGACGCUGCACCUCGUGGGUGUGAACGUCCCAGAGGUGCCGUGCGUGUCCAUGCUGCGCCACCUCUACAUGAAGUGGGUGCGCUUCACCAAGCCGCAGCCCUUCAAGGACUUCCUGUGUGUGAGCCUGAGGACCUUCGUCAUGCGCAACUGUGCCGGCCCCACCAACUCCCUCAAGUACGUCCCCCUGGUGACCGGCCUGGCGUCUGCCCGCAACCUGGAGCAGCUGGAGCUGGUGCGGGUUCCUUUCCUGGGGGGGCUCAUCCAGCAUGUGGUGGAGGACAGCUGGAGGUCAGCAGGAUUUCGGAAUCUCCACACCAUUGUGUUUGGAGCAUGCAAGAACGCACUGGAAGUGGAUCUGGGAUACCUGAUCAUCACAGCGGCCCGCAGGCUUCACGAGUUGCGUGUCCAACCCUCUCUGACCAAAGACGGAGUCUUCUCCGCCCUUAAAAUGGCGGAGCUGGAGUUUCCUCAGUUCGAAACGCUUCAUCUGGGAUACGUGGACGAGUUCUUGCUGCAGUGUAAGAUGAGUAACUCUGAGCUGGUGAAGUACGGGCUGGCUGACGUGGUGGAGAACCCCGGCAUCAUCACGGACAUCGGCGUCAAGGUGGUGAACGAAGUCUUCACCAACAUCAAGUACUUGCACAUCUACAACUGUCCUCACCUGCACAGCCCCCACCACUGGAUCACAGAUCAGUCCAGGUGGAGCCGCCUGGUGGACCUCACUCUGGUCCGCUGUCACGCCAUCAAACUGGACUCCUUCUCCCACUUUGUUGAGCUGCUGCCAUGCCUGGAGUUCAUCUGUCUGGACCAGAUGUUCCGAGAGCCCCCCAAGGGCUGUGCCAGGGUGGGGCUGAGUGCAGGAACAGGUAUUGGUGUUUCCUCGGCGCUGGUCAGCAACCAGAACCCCAACAAUGACAAUCACCAUCAUCCAGCCAACGAGGCCAACAUGCCUGCAGCUCCUCCCCCCGCCAACAUCAACAACCAGCAGCAGCACAACGAACCCCUGGAGAUGAAUGGAGUGGACGAAGAGGGGGAGGAAGAGGAGGCCCCCAUCGAGGAGGAGAGGCGGGGAGCUGAGGCUGAUGCGGGGGGGCAGAACUAUGACAUGGUCGUAGCUCCGCCUUCCCCUGACGAGGAAGAAGCAGGUCCCAGUGGGUUGAAUGACAGCAGACCAGACGGUCCUCUGAAGCCCCCCGUGAGCCUCUCCAGCUCUGACGACAGUGACGACGACGUGCGGUUUUUCCCGCCAUUCAAACCGUAUUCCAGUUUACAGGAUCUCCCUUCCAUCAACAAAGGUAAAGGAAAGACGCCUCUGCGGCGCGGCCACAACGUAGCGGUUAAGGUAAAGGCCCGGGCCACGCCCACCAGCUGUGAGAAGAGCUGCCAGGUGAGCAGCGAGCAGAUAAAAGCUGACACCAAGGCCGCAGCCGAAAGCCGGAGGGGCAGCAGGGGGGUCUGCACCGACCCAGCAGACGCCGCAGUGCCCAGGAGCAGAGGCAGGCCGUGGGCCGGACCUGUGGGCAGGGCUGCCCCCGCCGCAGGAGCGUCCGGACCUGUGAGUGGCGGUGGCAGGGGGGCGGACGGUGGCCCUCUCAGGUCAAAUGCAGACAGAACUGCAGGACUUCUUAGAACCAGCACAUACUCCACACCUGAAGUGGAGGCAGCAAGCACAGAGGCUGCCGAACGUCCCGGUCCACACUCCACUAACGCCGAGCCGAGGUGUCCCCCCCCAGUGUCGCCGUUGGGUCAUGGAGGGGCCGCCAACAGUUCACAGCAGACUCCGGCAGGCGUUAACUCUAUUCCAAGGCGACCCCUCACCAGAUCCCACACGCGCAUGUGUGCUCAACCGCUGCUUCCUGAGACAGAUCUUUGCAGAACAAGACCGCGGUCUGCUCCGAGGAAGAAACGGAUGGUUGACAAAUCCACCAGCACCUCCGACCCGGUUACAGAGGACGACCACGUCCAGGUUGUGUGUUUGAAAAGUAAGAACUUGGUGGGCAUCACUUUGACAAACUGCGGCAUCACAGACCUGGUUCUGGGGGACUGUCCCAAGAUGAUGUUCGUCCACGCCACCAGGUGUCGCGUUCUGAAGCAGCUGCGGAUUGUGCGGGCCCCCAUCGUCAACCGCUUCGACUACGCUCAGUGUAAGAAGCUGGACAUGGAGCAGGUUCUGGACCAGAUCUUGAGAACGCCUCCUGAGAGGAACCGCAUCAUCUACAUGCGUCCCAUGCACCAGAUCGACUCGGUGGCUUUGGAGCGGCAGCUCUUCCAGGGCCCGUAUCCGUAUCACAUCGCCAUCGUGCACGAGUUCAGCAACCCUCCAAACAUCCGCAACAAAGUCCGCAUCCGCAGCUGGAUGGACACAAUCGCCAACAUCAGCCAGGAGCUGAUCAAGUACGAGUUCUUUCCAGAAGCCACCAGAUCUGAAGAAGACGUGAAGAAGUAUUCCCAGUAUCCCUGGGGGCGGGACAUCUACACUCUGGAAGGCAUGGUGGACGGCGCCCCCUACAGCAUGACCACAGACUUCCCUUGGUUGCGAACUCUCCGAGCCGCCUACCCGAACAGCUACGCCCGCUGCGACUUUGAAGACGACGAGAGCACCACCAUCUACGCGCCGCGGCGGAAAGGACAGCUGUCAGCCGACAUCUGCAUGGAGACCAUCGGAGAGGAGAUCUCCGAGCGCAGACAGAGCAGGAAAGCUGUGUUCCAGAGGGUCGCCGUGGUCUUCCUUCAUCACUGUGACACGCCAGGAGAGCCGGUGGAAGACGACUACAUUUAGACCUGAUGGAGGAGGGUGGUCCUUCAAGCUCUGGAGAGCUCCAGCCUGUCCUCUCCUCCUGCAGCAGAACAAUGAGCAGCGGUCUACCUCCACCAUGGUCCUGGAGGACACUCAGCUGGUGAAGGGGAUGAUGGGAACACAGUGGACUCCAGCUGUGGAUGAAGAACCUUGAAGGUUCUUAGUGAGCCACUGAGGGAUCAGAAACUUCCAGCUUAAAAACAAGAAAGUGGUCAUGAACUGUAAACCUUUGGGGUUUGAGGAGGUUAAAGGUGUAGGUGUUCUUCAAUUUGUGUGAAUAAAAAAGAUUCAUUUCUCUGAA